AUGUUUUACUGCAUAAAUUACUAUUUGGUUUCUAUAGAUCGCAGAAGACAAAGAGAAGAAGAAGAACCAGAUGACACCUCCAGAUAUGGUCAGUCUGUUGAUGCUCAGGAAAACAACACUGAUGCUGCUGGAGCUGAGGAACCAAACUUUGGUCUGUCAGGAAAACUGACUGAAUAUACAAACACUUACAAGGGUGUUGUUAUCAAAUAUAACGAACCACCUGAGGCAAGAAAACCUAAAACAAGAUGGCGUUUGUAUCCCUUCAAAGGAGAAGAAGCAUUAAAGGUGCUUUACAUCCACCGACAGAGCGCAUUUUUACUAGGAAGACAAAGACAUAUAGCUGAUAUACCAAUCGACCAUCCCUCUUGUUCGAAACAGCACGCUGUAUUACAAUAUAAACUGGCGGACUAUGAAAGAACUGAUGGAACCAUCGGACGAAAGGUCAAACCAUAUAUUAUUGACUUAGAGUCUGCCAAUGGGACAUACCUGAACAACGAAAGGAUUGAACCACGAAGAUAUUAUGAAUURAAGGAACGGGACGUCCUCAAGUUUGGUUUUAGUUCGCGCGAAUAUGUCAUGCUUCACGAAAGAAGUCUGAACACUGAAGAAAACCAAGAAGAACCUACCUCCAGUAACGAAGACUCRCCAGAAUAAACAGACUUUUAGGUUAUUUUUUAUUAUUUAACUCCAGAAGUUUAUUGAGAGUGCAUAACAUCUAACAACGGCUAKGYWAGKAUACGUUCAGCCUGCUACAUGGCUAAUAAAUAGCUCUUUGUUUUUC